AUGGGGGAUGCUUCCUUAGGCUAUGUCUUUGGCUUGGUGGUUUGGAUCUGGUUCGGAGACAGGUUACAAGGAAGGCGACUCAGGGAUAGAGUGUUGGCGUUGAUAUUUGUGUCUAGUUAUGUAUCUUUAGAUGGUUUGGCGUUGGGAGAUGUCUAUCCUUUCGCAGUUGUUCUUCUAUUUCAUGUCUUUGGAUUGGAUUACUUCUGCUUGAUGCCCGAUAAUGGUGCUAAGUUUGUUUUGCCAACUAUAAAUGGCCAUGGCGAUGACGGAGCUGAUGUUAAACCCUAUAGGCAUAAGCAGUUAGACGAAAUGAGAGACGAGAAAGAAGAAGUAAAGAUCACGGAGAAGAAGAAGAAGAAGAAGAAUAAGCAGAAGCUGAAGAAUCAAGAAGAAAAACAAAAUGAAGGAGAAGACAAGAACACAGUGAAGGAGGAGAAGGAUACCAAAGAGAAAGCUCAACCACAAAUUAACAACAAGAAGAGGAAACGCAAGGAAGUUUUCCCUUUCGGCAAUUAUAGAGGCUACUAUGGCUAUCGCAUUGGUCAAGACAUGGACGAAGACCCUCGACUUAAGGUUUUUAAGGAGGAAUGGUUUCAAGGCAAGGAUUGCCUCGAUAUUGGCUGCAAUAGUGGCAUUGUUACUAUACAGAUUGCAAAAAAGUUUCAUUGCCGCAGAAUCCUUGGGAUUGACAUUGACCCUGAUCGAAUUUCAGAUGCAUAUUGGCACUUGAGAAAAUUUGUGAGAGUGGAACAUGUUGGGAAGAGUAGUACAAAGGCUUCCACAGUGGAGGUCACAGAGAAGGCAAAUGAUUCAGAGCACUGUACAACUUCAUCAUCAGCUAAAGAAAAGGAGCUUGCAAAGGACGGUUUGCAUUCUGCGGAAAGAGAUCUAUUUGAUAUAGUUUCUUUCCGAAAAGAGAAUUUUGUUCAAAGUUGGUGUCGGCCAGAGGAGCACUAUGAUACAAUUCUUUGCUUGAGUGUGACAAAGUGGAUUCAUUUGAACUGGGGUGACGAUGGACUGAUUACUUUGUUUUCAAAAAUAUGGAGGCUUCUUCGUCCGGGUGGUAUUCUAGUGUUGGAACCUCAACCUUGGCGUUCAUAUGAAAAUAAUCAUCUCGUCUCUGAGACAACUGCAAAGAAUUAUCGAUCUAUCAUAUUCCGUCCCAAAUGUUUCACGGAAAUUCUUUUAGACAAGAUCGGAUUUAGAAAGGUCGAGGAAGUCACUUCAGCCUUGACAGGCAGCAAAGUUGGAUUUGAUAGGCCAAUUUUUGCAUACCACAAAUGACUACCCCAUUGAAAGCUGCACUAUAAAAUAUUACAUUUGUGCGAUACGGUUGGAAGCAGCAUGUUUGACGACCUGAAUGCAAAUAUUAGUGGGCUUACAAAUUUGAGGGGCAUUUCUACUGCAAUUUUGUAUUUUUGGCCGAAAUUUCUGUUUACACUGCUAAUUUAUGUGCCAAAAGUGUAAAUUUAUCCUUCUCCCACAACAUCAAUUUGAUGGACCUGAUAAAUUCAGUAUGAUGUAAAGAAUGUCCGUAUGUUUCUGAGGUUUGGCAAAUCUGAAUGUUAACAGAAGAUUAACAGAA